AUGAAGAAUAUAAGUUAAACUGUCGAUGUGAAAAAUUUACAAAAAAAGGAUGACAAAGAAAAUUUUGUUUGCUAUUCAUCUAUUAAGAAUAAACUACCUAAGCCUAAUCCUAUACUUAGUUAAUAAUUGUAAUUACAUAAAGUAAACUCAUUAUUGCCAUUAAAGAAAAAGUAUUACUUUUUAAACAUUUUAGCUACUUAGAAGCAAAUGAGUAAGAAGUAACAUACAAAACUCCAAUUUAAUAAUAAGAAUAAGAAUGUUUAACAUAAAAACCAAUUACACUGUAAGCCUUCAUCAAACCAUUAAAACUGAUAUACUAAAAAUAUUAACCUUAACAGAAUCUAAACUUGUAUGCAACUCUCCUUCAUUAACCAGGCAAUAAUUUUGAUCCUUCACAUUACUAUCAAAGUGAUGAGGAUAUUAAAUUUGACUCUCUGUUUGAAAGUGGCAACUUAUUCUAAGUUUUCAAAGUAUUUCUAUCAUUUCUAAUUAGAAAAGCGAUCGCGAUUAUAUCCUUCUCCUUCAAAAUGACAUCAACACUAAAGGAUAUACAUAAUGGUUUUACUUUUCCAUAUCAAAUAAAAGCUCAAAUUUAUGUAAUAUCAAACUCAGUAUUAUCAAUAUCAAUAAGGAUAUGUGUUUUUAUCGAUAAGGCAUGAAAAUACUUAUAAAUGAAUGCAAUUAUUGGAGAAAGGAUUCUUUGGGAUUAACUUUUAAAAAAAAUAACAUUCUAAGAAAUGAUUCCUGCUUCUAUUAUACAUUAUCUUUUAAUUAUACAUUCAUUGAAUAAGGAACUGUAUAUUUUGCCUCCAAUUAUCCAUAUACUUAUUCUAAUUUAUAAGCUUAUCUAUCUAGCAAAUACCUUGUUUAUGAUAGGAUUAUGAAAGUCAAAAAUAUCAUCACAAGUUAAGCUGGGAAUGAAAUAUAAAUAAUAACAAUAACAAAUGAUAAUAAAGACGAAAAACAAGGAUUACUAUUUAUUGGUCGAUAGCAUCCAGGAGAAACACCAAGCUCAUAUGUAAUUGAAGGCAUUAUUAAUUGUUUAUUAUCAGCUGAAGCUGAUGAGUUGAGAAAUAAAUUUGUUGUUAAAAUUAUUCCAAUGUUAAAUGUUGAUGGAGUAGUACAUGGAAAUUAGAGAUGUGGAUUAGGAGGUUUUGAUCUAAAUAGGAAAUGGGGAUGCAAUCGUGAUGAUACAUUAAUUUCUGUUGAAAAAUUAAUUACUCAUUUUCAUGAAAAUUAUCCAAUUUAAUUGAUCUUAGAUAUUCAUGGUCAUAGCAAAAAGUAAUCAAAUCUUAUAAAUUAGAUUGUCUGCCUUUUUCUAUGGCCAUAGUUGUAAUGAAUUCAUCACUGAACUUUGUAAUUCAGAUAAAAGAUUCAGUCUAUAAAAUAGUAGAUUUAUGCAAAAUACUAAAUAUUUGAAUCAUACUGCCAGAGUAUAUUUAUAGAAAUUAUUGAAUAUGAAACAAAAUAUUUAUACACUUGAAAUUUCAUACUUUGGUUAUAAAUAAGAAAAUCAAAUCGUAGAUUUUACUCUAAAUGAUUUAAGAUCAAUGGGAAGAGAAAUAGUUAUUACACUUUCUAAAAAUUAAGAACUGGAAAAUUGGACAGAGAGUAUACUAAUAAAUGAUUAAAAUUCUGAUGUUAGUUUCUCUGAAUCUUCGAUAUCUGAGGAUGAAAUUACUUUCGAAGAGAUUAAAUAAUUCUAACCAGAACCUCUUAAAGAAAGAAUUAAUAAUUAAGAUAAGUAAUACUAAAGAUCGAAUUCAUUUAAAUAAAGACAACUCAGAUCUUCUUAAUCUAGGAAUAGAGCAAAAUCAUAAUCAAUAUAAAAUUAAAUUAAAUACUAAUAGUUUACAUAUAAUUUUAUUGAUAAUUCCUUUAAUAAUUUCAAUUAAAAAAUAGAAAAUUACGAUCAUCAAAGUUUAUUUAUCCCUCAACAAAAACCAAAACAAUCUGAAUAUACUAUUUAACCUUUAGUAGUGAUGCCUUAACAUAGUUUAAAACAUUAAUUCUUAUGGUAAAAUAGAUUAAAACAAUAAAAUUAAUAGAAUUAGAGAGAAAUCAAAUUUUAAAAUUAUAAAGAACAAAGAGAUUUGAAAAUAUAUCAAGAAUUUAAAGAUUAUGUGAAUACUAAGCAGAGUACUAAUAAACCAUUGUUGCCUAAAUAUUCAUUUAAUGACACAGACUUAUUUAAAAAAUGUCAAGCCAAAAAAUAAUAUUUAAUUAUUAAUUUAUGA